AUGUUUUCGUUACAGACUGGAUUUGUUCCCAGUCUGUUUGUAUUUUGUUUGUAUCUCAUACGCAUACACGCGCUUAUACCCAAAGCUUGUGCGGGUAAUGUCACCGCGACUGGGGGUAGUGGAGUCUGUUGUCCCAUUCCAAGAGGUGGAUUUCAUCCUUGCGGUGGCAAAGGAAUCGGAUCCUGCGAACCGGUCUUUGUGCAACUAGAACCAUUACCGUUGGAUCGAUUACAAGAUGAUCGCAUGCAUUGGCCUAAACGCUUUUUCAAAUACCUAUGCAAGUGUGAAGGAAAUUAUUUCGGCGUAGCUUGUGAUCAAUGCUGGUACGGUUGGGAAGGUCCGUUAUGCAAUCGACGUCAGAAAGUUGUUCGUCGAAAUAUUCUCUCCUAUACUCCGAAAGAGCGUGAGAUGUUUGUGAAUAUUGUGGCCCAAACGACUAAAAUGAAUUCCGAAUAUGUGGUUAUUUAUGAGAAAGAUCGAGUUCAUUCGGAUCCAUUAUGGAGACCGAAAUUUCUCGAUGUGAAUUAUCAGUAUUUGAUUGCGUACUGGCAUGAAUAUGCCAGUCGAAACACAUUGUACCGUUCGUCCAAAGUUUGCAGCGCUCAUUUGCCCAUGAACAAUAAUCACAAUGUGGUUGGUUUUGUUACCUGGCAUAGAUAUCUGAUGCUGAUGUGGGAGCGUGCCCUACGCAAGAUUGCAUCGGAAAUGUACGGUUGGCAUGACUUUGCAAUUCCGUAUUGGGAUUGGGUUGACAGUACCGAGUGUGACGUAUGCCGAAAUGAUAUCGUGGGUGCACCGGGACCGUGGGCGAACGGGAUUCGGUUAAUUCAUCCGGGCAGUCCGUUCUCCAAGUGGCCGGAGAACUGUUCUCCGCCAGAGGAUGAUUCUGAUUGUUACGGCUGUCAUACGAGUUGGCCAAACUUCAGACCCCUCCAUCGACACUAUCGGUCCACCGCAUUCCCAACCACCAAAGAACUACAGUUCGCUCUCAGUCGCAAAACAUUCUAUCUUACAGAGCCAGAAGAGGAUCUGAAAAAGUGUCGCGGAUUCCAUCAAGCGUUGGAAGGUUUUUGUGGACCUCCUGGGUUGAACAGUACUUUUCUUUUUAUGCACAACAAAGUGCAUAAUAUGGUAGCCGGAAGUUUUUGUUGCGCUGCCACCGCUGCGAACGAUCCGCUCUUCAUUCUCCACCACAGUCAGAUUGAUCGAAUAUUCCAAGUGUGGUUUCAGUUCUUUCGUCCGCGACCGACCGAUUUUCCAAACCACGGGGUUCAACCGACCAAUUGUCGAGAGUGCAACAUUGUGGCAUUCAUACCUGCAGUUCGUCAUGUGCAAAUGUUUGUGGAUAUGCGUGAUCUGGGCAUUCACUACGACAACUACAAUUUUGGUAAACACGGCUAUCAGGGAGAUAAAUUUAUCCAAUACGGACCAUCCUAUUUUGUCAGAUAUUAA